AUGAAGGGCCAAGGGAAGGACCACGUGUGGCGCGCCUCCGAAGUGGGUGCAAACGUUGCUGCUAACGUUGCUGCUAACGUUGCUGCUAACGUUGCUGCCGACGUUGCCGCCGCCCCUGCCAGCGAGGCGACCCCCCCGACGGACCAAAAGUACGUGAUCCUGAAGAAGCAGAUCUCGAAGGAGUUCAUCCACCAGGUGUUCCUCCCGCACGUGGAGUCCCAAAUAAUGCACCACCUGAAGACGUACACGCCGAGCCAAAUUGUGAGCAUCUUCCACAUCUACUCAUAUCUUUACUACUUUGACCGGAAGAAGGAGAUGGUGGAGGCGCUGCUGGAGUACCUGCAGUACCGUCUGGACUGCUUCAGCGUGCAGGACGUCCUACUCGUGCUGGAGCCCCUCUACCUCCUUAACCGCACGAAGAACUUUAACAUUUACAGACUAAUCAUCAACCACCUGCAGAAGAUAAAGGGGCAAAUGAAUCUGUGCAAUUACAUUGGCGUUUCGAGGGUGUUCACCAAGAUACUAAUAGACUUAACUUUCGAGGAGAAGGAACUGGAGGGGAAAAAUAUAUUGUCUCGUCUGUGGUACCAUUUGAAGCAGAGCAAGUUCAGGAGGGGCAUUCCCCCGGAGCAGAGGAAAAUCCCCAACUGGGAGUUCCUUGUGGGGUUCAUGGCCGACGUGGUUGGGCACGUGGAGGGGCAGCUGCGGCUGCUCUCCGCCAUCGAGCUUACUGACCUGCUCAGCGUCAUGGCGAACUACUCCCUUAGGAGCGGCCACUCCCGGUACGAUGUGACCCCGCUAGGGGGGAGCGGCGAGGGCGGCGGAGUGGUGAGCGGAGAGGGGAGCGCAGAGGGAAGUGCAGAAGAAAGCGCAGAAGAAAGCGCAGAGGGAAGCGCAGAGGGAAGCGUAAGCGGGAUGGAGACCGCCCAGUGUGGCGGCACCCCCGGCAAGCAGUCCCCCCAUAAAGGCGCUGCUUCGCUGCAUAAAGGCUCCACCUCACUGCAUGGAGGCGCUGCCCCACCGAAGGUGCACACCCUGAGCAGCGAAAACGCCUUCCUCUUCAAGGAGAACGUCGUGUCCUUCCUAAUCGCCAAGGAGCUAAAGCAAAAGUACCAGGACCUGAGCGCCCUCCACAAAAUAACAAACCUGCAUAACUUUUUGAAGCUGUUCAUACACGAUGAUCAGUACCUCCAACUGAUUCAAAACGACUUGAGCAACUACCAUUACGCAAGCAACAUUCACCACAAGUAUCUGGCCCUCCUAGUGUGGUGCCUAUUCAAGUACAGGAGGUUGGACCAGCACAUGGCCCAGCUGAAGCCAGCCAUCUUACACAACAUCCCCCAUUUUGAUGCAAAAGAUUUUGCCAGACUGUGCCAUGCCAUUCGAGGUGAGAAGCAAACCCUCAUCAGCAUAGCCCUCAAUUUAGCUAGCCAAGUUGAGAGGAUGUCUGUAGAUCAUUUUUUGUGCUAUUUAUAUGCCGUUGUUUGCCUCGAUUUGUUACCCUACGGUGGCGGUGCAGCAUCAGUUAGGGGGGCCCAGCAGGGGGAGGGAGAAGACCCACCCGGGGGGAGAAACAACUCGAGAGAAAGGGGAGGCUCCUUUACCGAGACGCACCACUCCGUGUCCCUCUUUAAGAAAAGCGACAUUCUACAGAAAUGCGUAAAAUACAUCAACGAUAGGAAGAAAAUUUUGGGGAAAAACGAAAUGACCAAAAUAGUUUUGUUGCUGAAGAGGAGGAAGGGAGACAAGUACCUCUACGUCUUGGAAUUGCUGCCCGAGGAGUGGAGGGGGAUGCUCCACCUGGUCAACUGAGCAUGCGGUGAAUGUGCAUGUUGUAGAUGACCAUGCGGUGGUGGGGCGGCGCCAAACCGAACAGGUGAACAUGCAUAAGGGGAGCAGCGCGCACAUUUUCUUCCCCGAGUCUGCACCCCCGUACAGCAGCGUUCGCCCCCUUUUUUUGUUUACCCCUUACGUGGAAUCACCUUUGUGUGCGUCUAAUCGUUUGAUUGUCUGACCGUCUGAUCGUCUGACCGUUGGGUCAGGCUGAACUGGCCAAACGUUCACAGUUGGGGAGCCUCCGCGGGGAAGGGCUGUGUGUAUCGCGCGGUAUGUCCUUAUGGUACCACUCAUCGGUGAACCAUUUCGCGUUGUUCUUUUCCUUUUUUUUGCUUCCUUCCCAAUAAACGUUCGCGGGCAGUUCUCCACGGGAAGGAGGCCCCCAUGUAGGAAACGCUUAACCGCAAUGGUAAAUUACCCUUUUGAACUUUUGCCUGAACAGUGCAUCACUUGUUCAGGUAAAAUUGG